ACCACUCGAGCUUGAUUCCUCUGAAGGGAGUCGCGGUUUCCAGAAAUUACAUUUACUUGGGCUAUGAAUACAUCCAUGGAGCCAAUCUUCGCGACGCCCUCGGAAAUCCUCAACCCUAAUUUCACGAUUCUCUCCUAUUGGUUGCUCAGAGUUCAGAUUGUUUCCGAUAUCACUUCCGGUCUCGAUUACAUUCACAAUUCUACCGGUCUAGGCUUCGAUUUCGUCCACAACCACAUAAAGAGCUCCAGCAUCAUCGUCACGGAUCCCCCACUGGGCGCCAAAAUCUGCCAUUUCGGCACGGCGGAGCUUUGCGGCGAGAUCGCGAAGAGGAAUUCGGAAUCGGACAUGAAUGUGGAAUCGAACCGUAAGGAGAUGAAGUUCGAAGGUACCAGAGGAUACAUGGCGCCGGAGUUUCAAUCCACGGGGGCCGUUGGGGACAGAGGCCUUGAAGUACGUUGUGGACGAGGAGACGGGCGGCUAUCCCCGUCAUCGAGCCGGCGAGGGAGGCGUUCGACGGCGGACGGAUCAGACAGUGGGUUGACCAGCGGAUGUGGCGGUGAAAUUGCGAUUUUGAGAGCUACCCUUUUCUUCCCAUCAUCUCUUGCUCUCAGUCCAGAUGGUGUUGCACUGUUGGAGCUCAAGGCGAGUUUGAAUGACACCAGAAAUGCUCUGAGUGACUGGAGAGAUUCUGAUUCAACCCAUUGUUCUUGGACUGGCAUUUCUUGCCAUCUUAAUGAGGAAAGAGUUAGCUCUAUCAACUUACCUCAUAUGCAACUUGGUGGAAUCAUUUCCCCCAGCAUUGGUAAACUCACCAGAUUACAAAGACUGGCGCUUCACCGGAAUAACUUGCAUGGAGUGAUUCCAAAUGAGAUAGGCUGCUGUACUGAAUUGAGAGCAGUGUACCUUAGGGCCAACUAUCUUCAAGGAGGCAUACCUUGGGAUAUUGGAAACCUGUCUAUGCUGAACAUAUUGGAUUUAUCAAGCAACUCUCUCAGAGGUGCUAUACCUUCUUCACUUGGAAAACUGAAACUUCUGAGGCAUCUCAAUUUGUCUGCAAAUUUCUUCUCGGGCGAGAUUCCAGAUAUUGGAUCUAUUAGCACUUUCGGAAGCAAGUCGUUCAUUGGAAACUUAGAUCUGUGUGGUCAGCAGGUGAACAAGCCGUGUAAAACCUCCCUGGGAUUCCCUGCAGUUCUACCUCAAGCUCAAAGUGACAGAGCAUCAGUUCCAGUUAAGAAACCGUCUCAUUACAUUAGAGCAGUGGUUAUGGGUGCAAUGUCUACAUUAGGCCUUGUGUUCAUAGUGCUCUUCGUUUUCCUAUGGGUUAGGGCAGUAUCAGAGAAGGAAAGGAAAGCAAAAAAAUACACAGAAGUCAAAAAGCAAGUUCAUAAAGAACCAUGCUCAAAGAUAGUUACUUUUCAUGGUGAUCUUCCAUAUCCUUCAUGCGAACUUAUUGAAAAGAUUGAAUCACUUGAUGUAGAAGACAUUGUUGGUUCUGGAGGAUUCGGUACAGUCUAUCGAAUGGUUAUGAAUGAUUGUGGCUCAUUUGCUGUUAAAAGAAUUGAUCUAAAUUGCGAAGGUUCUGAGGAAGUCUUUGAGAGAGAGCUGGAGGUCUUGGGUAGUGUGAAACAUAUGAAUUUGGUCAACCUCAGAGGCUACUGCAGUCUUCCAGAUGCAAAGCUUCUGAUCUAUGAUUACUUGGCUCUGGGCAGCUUGGACGACUUCUUGCACGUUCGUCCUCGACACGUGGCUGAUGAAGAUUUGUCAUUGAGUUGGAAAACACGGUUAAGAAUAGCCCAGGGUUCUGCUAGAGGAUUGGCAUACUUGCACCAUGAUUGCAGUCCUAGAAUAGUUCACUGUGAUAUAAAAGCAAACAACAUCCUCCUUGAUGAGAAGCUAGAGCCUCACGUUGCAGACUUUGGUCUGGCAAAGCUUUUAGUAGAUGAGGAUGCUCAUGUCACAACUGUGGUUGCCGGGACAUUUGGUUACUUGGCACCAGAGUACUUGCAGAGUGGCCGAGCCACGGAUAAAUCAGAUGUCUACAGCUUCGGGGUUCUCCUUUUGGAGCUUGUUACUGGAAAGAGGCCUACCGAUCCUAUGUUUGUAAAGCAAGGCCUAAAUGUCGUUGGCUGGAUGAAUACGAUACAAAAGGAGAAGCAGCACGGAGUGGAAGACGUGGUAGACAGAAGAUGUGCAGAUGCAGAUAUGGAGUCUGUAGAAGCUGUCAUAGAAAUCGCAGGGAGGUGCACGGAUUCAAAUCCAGAGGCGAGGCCUUCGAUGCAAGUGGUUUUGCAGUUUUUGGAGCAAGAGGUGAUUGCCGCUUUUCCCUGUUGAUUCCUACCACUCUCGGUGACACGCACAUUGAGAGAAUUUUGAAUGUGAACAUUGGAAUGUGUUGUUAGUUAUACUUCUCUUCUUAUGUGUGCUCUCAGCUCUCUAAUCUCUCAGUUCAUUGCUGAUGUUGUAGAUAUUUGUUUUUUUAAGGCAAAUUUGUCUAAUAUGAGGGCAGUGGUAUUGAGGGAGAGUGUUUCAGGCUUUCAGCCCGCAGGUGAUCGGCAGUGCAUCGAUUCCUACGUCUCCGGAGCCUCCGUAGCUCUCCCUUCUUCGCUCACAGUGAGUCUACCUCCGUACAAAAACUAGUCCUUCAUAUUUGUGCUAAGUUUCGUGUGUAUUAUGUAGAAGAGGUAGAUGCGUAUAUACAUGUCAGUGAAAUUGGUGUAGGAGAAAUUGAUGGGGUACAAGAAGCGAACGACUGCUCCUCGUUCCAAACCCUCAGUGGUGCCGGUGGAGGCUGCGGCCGUCUCUGUUGACUGGGCAGCCUCACCGGCAUCCCUGGAGUCCGACCAAAAUAAUGAUACUGUUCUGGAUAAAUCCCUGAUUCCGAAUGACAAGGUGGUAGUUGAAUCAGAAACAAAUGCUUCCUCAUCUUAUUCUAAUGUGAAGCUCGAAUGCGAGCGAGCACUGAUGUCCCUGCGUAGAGGGAACCACAACAAAGCCUUAAGGAUGAUGAAGGACUUGUGUGCGAAGCAUGAGAACUCACCCAACUUGGCUUUGAUUUACCGGGUCCAGGGAACUGUUUGUGUGAAAGUGGCAUCCAUUAUUGAUGAUCCCAAUGCAAAAAACAGGUAUUUGAAGAAUGCAAUUGACAGUGCUAGAAAGGCGGUCGUACUUGCGCCUAAUUCGAUUGAGUUUGCGCAUUUCUAUGCCAAUUUGUUGUAUGAGGCUGCAAACGAGACUACGGAGUAUGAGG